AUGUUCUUCCCGAUUGUAUGGUUGUCAGUGUUACUAAUCAUAUCUAAAAGCUUUGCUAGGGAAAUACGAUUAAGCAGAGCUACAUAUAAUGAAGAUGAUGAAGAAAUACAGGAAGUAGCAGAAAAAGCGAUGGAACAAGUGAAUGACCAGACUAGAUAUAGAAAUCUCUACAAAUUGGUGAGAGUUAUCAGUGCUCAAACUCAGGUGGUGGCCGGAAUCAAAUACUACCUCACAAUUCUUGCUGCACCGACCACCUGUAGAAAGGGUGCUGUUGGAAUGAAUCCAAUGAAAUGUACUAUCGACAGCAGUAAACCGACAAAGCAAUUCAAAAUAGAAGUUUGGUCAGCACCAUGGCAAAACACAUUCAAAGUCACUUUGACAUGA